GGCCUCUCCAGAGGGCCACUUCAACUGCCCCUUAGGAUGGAUAUGGGAUGGGAGAGACUGAGGCUACAGAUUCCCAGUGAGGUAAAGUCCCUUGUGUCCCUCUCAGUGCCUCUGCUGUUUGCUUGUAGUACCUUACAGUGGUCUGGAGCCUGCCCUUUUGGUGGGCGUGCGCAGCUGUUCUGGCUGUGCAGUACUCGUAAGCAGACUGGUAUUACUCAGCCUGUCCCAGGUGGAAAGGACCCCUUGGGGUGGCCCUCUGCAGUGGCCACCCCCAACCCACGAGGCUCCAGUGGCGGAAGCGUAGAGUUAAGCCGUGCUAGAAUUUUACGUUGUGCAGCCUGGACUCUGCAUUUUACAGAUGGGAAAGCGAGGCCCAGAGAGGGCUUAUCCGGCCAAGGUCUCGGUGGGUGGGGGGGCGGGGCCGCGGGGGCGGGGCUCGCGCAGCGGCGCCAAUGGGCGGGCGUCCCCCAGCCCCGAGUCCGCGGCCGGAGCCGCAGCUGAGCCCAGCAGAGCCGGUGGCGCCAUGGCGUGCGCGGGGCUGCUCGCAGUGUGCCUGCUCGGGCCGCCUGCGCCCCGGCCCCCGCGGCACCCUGAGCCCACGCCCGACGCCGGGCCCGCUGGACACGCACUCUUCCAGGACGUUUUCCGAAGAGCAGACAAGAAUGAUGAUGGUAAACUCUCAUUUGAGGAAUUCCAAAAUUACUUUGCUGAUGGGGUUCUCAGCCCAGGGGAGCUGCAGGAACUGUUCAGCGGCAUUGACGGGCAUUUCACUGACAAUUUAGAAACAGAAAAACUGUGUGACUACUUCUCAGAACACCUGGGUGUCUACCAGCCCGUGCUCGCUGCGUUGGAGUCACUGAAUUGUGCAGUGCUCACGGCCAUGGACACCACCAAGCUGGAGUAUGAGCAGGCCUCCAAAGUGGAUCAGUUUGUGACACGCUUCCUGUUGCGGGAGACAGUGAGCCAGCUACAAGCCUUGCAGAGCUCACUGGAGGGGGCGUCAGAUACCCUGGAGGCCCAGGCCUGUGGCUUGCGGUCAGUUGAAGAGAGUGUGGAAGCACAAAGCAGGCCCCGUGGCAGCCGACGGGCAGGGCGCAGGGUCCCGAGGAGCAUCAGUCGGUCACCCACCCAGUCUCCUGGCUCCUCUGAUAUAGGGCAGAGCUCAGAUGCUGAGAUGCAGUGGCGGCUCCAGGUCAACCGUCUCCAGGAGCUCAUCGACCAGCUGGAGUGUAAGGUCCCCCGGCUGGAACCCCUGCAUGAAGAGGACCUUGCCAAGGGGCCUGACUCGCACAUCUUCGUGGCCCAGAGGCAGUUCCAGGUGGCAGAGGAAGCCCUUAGGGACUUCCACCGAGCCCUGUGCUGCUAUAUGGACUUCACAGGGGCCCAGAGCCAUUGUCUGCAUGUGUCUGCCCAGAAGAUGCUGGAUAAUGCCUCCUUCACUCUGUAUGAGUUCUGGCAGGAUGAGGCCUCCUGGAGAAGGCAUCAGCAGUCAUCCUGCAGCAAGGCCUUCCAGCGCACACUCAUUGACUACCUGCAGGCUCCGGACACCCUCAGCACUGUGUUCUUCCCAGCUUCCUGGUGGAUUGUGAAUAAUAACUGAGCCUGACCGGCAUAAGCCAAGGACCCUGGGCCCUGCCUGCCUCCUUUAGGAGCCUUCUGGACUGGUCAACUCAGCACCAAGACCAAGGACCCUGCUCCUCCUAGACCUGGGCCAGUCCUGCUGGUGGAGGGUCUGUCAGCCCAGGAAUCAGGGACUGGGCUGCUCGCUUUCUAUUUAUUAUCAGUGUAUUUAUUGUUUGUAGCUUUAGUUUUCAUGGCACUUUACCUUCCACCUGGCUCAGGAGGCCUGGAGUCUGGUCCCCUCUGCCCCUGCUUGCUAUGUGACCCAAGGCAGGUCCCUUCCCUCUCCAGGUGGGCCUCGGGCCAUCUGGCUGCCUAGCUGGUGUUCUGCUUUCUUCCUGCUGUCUUGGGGCCAGGCUUCUGCUCAUUCCCAGCCAGUGGCAGAACCAGGCCUGAUGCUCAGGGACCCCCUCCUAAGUCCCUCAAACCAUGAGCCCUAAGGCUGGGCCACAUCAUUCAGCCAUGUAGGGGAAGGACCUGGGUGUCCCCAUCACCUGGCUGAGCUGGCAGGCCCCUGACUCUUCUAGCACCCAUGGGUGAACCAGAGACCUCUGGAGGAUCCUGGAUUGGUUUGCAUGUAAUUUGCAUGUACACACCCCCACCCAUUCUCAGGGCACUAUGGGGAGCCCCAAGGUGACUUUACCAAAUAGCAAUAAUUUGGUCCUCGGGUUGCCUGCUGCCCCCAGAGACCUCUGAGCCCCAGUCUGGUACCCUGGCACAGAGGCAAUAAAGGCAGUUGUCACCUCUG